AUUCCACGUCAGCAUAUUCUACGUCACACGUGUCGCCAUAUUAUUCUAAAUUAGGAAUUUCAUACUUGUUUCACCAAUCCACUUUCCGGGUCCCACUCUCUCACUCUCCACUUCGCAUGGAAACUCUCCUUCUCCACCGCUCGUCACCGGCGGCGGUGGCGGCGAUACCUAACCCGAACCCGAAACGUCCCUGCUGCUCCUCCGCUUCCGGCCUAAACCCUAGUUUCACCACCAGUUCGAACACUUCCAAAUCAAAUAUCGAUGUCGACGUGCUAUUGGAAUCGUUUCUCGGCCUCUCUGAAUCGUCCAUUGACCUAUCCUUCGAUCGAAUUCUCAGUUUCAAAGCUUCCUAUUCGGAGCAGGAUGAUGUGAUAGACCGCGCACUUCAAUUAGGAUCUGCACUUGUUGAAGCAGGCAGACGAUCGGCUCGCAAGCGCGCUUCCAUGCAUAACGGCGUCGUUUGGGCACUUCCUUCCGAUCUAACUAUAAAAGUGUUCUCAUUACUUGACACACAAAGUUUGUGUUAUGCUGCGGCCGCAUGUUCCUUUUUCCAAAAUUGUGCCGCGGACCCUGCAUGCUACGUUGAUAUUGACUUGAUCACAGUGGUUCCGAGAGUCAAUAAUGCUGUUGUGGCAACAAUGGUUCAGCGUGCUGGAAAAGUGCCUCAGUCUCUUAAGCUGGGCUGUGUACCUGGGCCGCUUGCUUCAUCAUCGGGUUCGUCUCAACCAUUGGUAAAUUGUAUAAGGAAAUCUACAGAUACUGCACGGUUCUCAUGGAAUGAUAAGAGGUCCAGGCAGGGGAAAGAGUCUUCUAUUCUUACACGGUCUUGCCUGGCACCUCUGAGUGCUAAUGGUGAAAGUACUCCAGGGGCUUGCUUGAGAAGGUUGCACCUGUACAAUAUUGAAAGACUGGAUAGUACUUCACUUACUGCUGCAUUGUCAGCUUGUCCAUCUCUGCUUGAUCUGGAAAUUGUUGGCCUUAAUGUGGAGUCAAGGCAGACACUGGAAUCUAUAAGUACAUUUUGUCCCCUGAUUGAGCGUAUAUUCUUUGAAUCGUCAAAAACAGGUCGAGACGACAGUUUGAAAUUGCCGACAUGCAAUGAUCUUGUGAACAACUGUCCUCACCUAUCUUCAUUGUCCCUAAGGGGAUUUAGGUUGCAUGACUACAAAGCUCGCGUACUCAUUAAGGGAUUUCGUAAAUUGAGGUACAUUGACUUUUCAACAUCCUAUUCGAUUACUGGUGCUUUUCUCAAGAAUCUAGGAGGAGGCAGUGCAAGUGGGAGCUUACUUCAGGUAUUGAUUCUGAGGGAUUGCAUGCAUUUGAAAGAAGUGGAAGUAGCAAGGUUCUUAGAAGCAGUGCUUGCAGGGGAUUUUGGGCAUCUAAAUUAUCUUGAUAUAUCUAAUCGAGAGGGCCUGGUAUCUGAAGGUGACCGGAAUCAUCGAUGCUAUAGCCCUAGUUUUAUUCCUGUUGCGCGAUUGUUGGACGAAAGGCCCAAUUUAUGUGUUCUAGCAGAGUUUCCGUUGGAAGGCAGCUUUAAUGAUAUUGAAUUUGACAGCGGUGAUAUGGAUAGUGAAAUGAACUUGCCAUCACACUUGAUUAUGAGUACAUCUGAUAGCUCUGCUUCAUUCAUGAGUAUAUCUGAGAGCAGUUAUAGUAGUGAUCCAAGUAGUGGCAGCGAUGAUAGUUCAUCCGGGUAUGACGAAAGUUCAGAUGAUGUGGACCACGUUUCCAUCUGAGAUAGGAAUGCCCUUUCACAAGUGUUGAUUGCACGACAUCCGUGUUAUUUUUUGAAUUGUUCAUGGGGAGAGUAUGCUGUAGUAUAGCAUCUGCUGGCACAGUUUAACAUGGGAUGAUAGUGGAGUCAAAUUGAGAUCGAACUCACACUCUCACAUCGCCUCUUCUUUACCUGCCUCGUAAGGUUGCCGGGAAUUGCUUUACUGAAGGGAUGCAGUCUCAAAUUAUUUGCUAGAUAGAACGAGGAUAGUUUUUUCUUCUCUUUCCCUUGUGAGCAGUCUGUUUCGAGUCUCUGAUGUGGUGAAUUCAUUUAUCAGCUGUAUACUGCUGAUCAAUUUUUGCUUGGGAUCUGCUUACAAUGUGGUAUAAUUCGUGCUAUUAACUGAAAUGCUGUUACCUGAUAAUCGACAACUUAGCGCACAUAUAAUAAUUCCUUUUUAAGUGGUGACUGUUUUACGCCA